AAUGUCACCCAUCUCAAUAAUACGCCACCAUCAUUGCUUCUUUUUCUCCUUAACUUAAAUAAUUACAUAUUCUUCUGGUGUAGUUUGGAGAUAGAAAUGAGUGGCAGCAAUGUUAAUCUCCCUCCUGGUUUUCGAUUUUAUCCAACUGAGGAAGAACUCGUUGUCCAUUUUCUUCAUCGUAAGGCAACGCUUUUACCUUGUCAUCCAGAUGUCAUCCCUGAUCUUGAUCUUUAUGCUUAUGAUCCGUGGCAACUUGAUGGCAAAGCACUAGCUGAAGGGAAGCAAUGGUACUUCUACAGCCGGAGAACACAAAAUAGGAUUACUGAGAAUGGAUAUUGGAAGGCUAUUGGCUUCGAAGAACCAGUACUUACGAACACCAAUAUAAGAGUUGGAAUGAAGAAAUAUUUAGGGUUUUACGUAGGAGAAGCUCCAGCCGGAAUGAAAACGAGCUGGAUAAUGGAAGAGUAUCGAUUAUUAUCAUCGGAUUCUUGUUCUAGCAGUAUGAGAAGAUCAUCCAAAACAAAAACACAUCCCAAAAUUGACCAUAGUAAGUGGGUCAUUUGCAAAGUGUACGAGCGAAGCUCUGAUGAAGAUGGUGAUGGAGCAGAAUUGUCAUGCUUGGACGAAGUUUUCUUGUCAUUAGAUGAUCUUGAUGAAAUAAGUUUGCCAAAUUAAUUACAUCUUUCAUACAUGCAUAUAUUUUUAUGUUAGUGUAAUUCUAUUCAAAUAAAUAAAAUGUAGGGUUGUAAUUAACUUCUUGUAUGUUUGAAUUAAAUAAUUCCAAGUUUUGAGUUUAAAUUUUGAUAA